AUACAUGCAGGCAUUCCACAUUUAAUAUAUGUAAUGUAUAUAACCAGCCGUCCCUAUUAGCAAAAAGAUCCCAUUUCUAACCAUGUCCUUGGCCUUGCAAUUUUCUCUCUAAAAAGCUCUCUCAUUACAAAAACUGAGAGAACUCUGCAUUUUUCAUACUCAAUUGUCCAUUUUUUCACUCUUUUUUAUUCGUCGCUGUUGCUCAUUUCAAAGUUUCCUCGCCAAUGAUUUUCAAGUAAGUAAUCACUAAUUACAAUUAAAUUAUGUUCAUAUAAGGGAAAAGAAGAAAUGAACGGCUCAGAUGCAAUCACAAGAUGGCAGAGUUUAAAGCAACGGCUGCCAUUCAAAGGCCUGGGUUGCUGUGGGCCUACGUGGAGUUCAAGAAGAGCAACAACAACGAUCAGAGCCAUCAUAGAAGAAGAUGAUCAUGAUCAUGAUCAUGAUCAAGAUGAAGAGCCAAUCAUGUUGCAAGAUCAAGCCAGUGAUCAACAGCAACGGACGGUGAUUACGACGGGUGCAGGGAUGAAUCUGGCCAUGGCAUUGGCAGCAGAGCGUAACUUACGGCGGAGAUCAUCAUCUAAUAAUUUGAUGAUGAAAAAUGUGGGGUCACGGCGACAAGUGAAGACGUUGAUGAGAUUGAUUGAGGAAACCGAGGGUGUUGAUUUGAUGAGGAAAAAGAAGCGGAGAGAUACUGAGAAGGAGGGGAUUAUUGUUGAGUGUGAAGAUGGGAGUGAUUGGGUGUGCUGCGUGUGCAUGGAGAUGAGUAAGGGUGCGGCGUUUAUUCCGUGUGGGCAUGCGUUUUGUAGAGUCUGUUCAAGGGAGAUCUGGGUCAAUGGAAGCUCUUGUCCUAUUUGUAACCGUUCGAUUGUCCAGAUUCUUGAUCUCUUUUAGUUUUUCUAUCCUUUUGUUGAAUUUUGUUUCUUUCUUUUUGACUUUUUCUAUUUUGUCUUUUAAUUUCGUGAUUUUCGGAAUUAUGUGUUUGAUUUGAUAUGCCACCGUUUACAUAAUUAUUUUUCUUUAAAAAGAUA